AUGUCAUUCUAUGACAAAUCUGAUCGUGUAGGUUAUGAUGAUAGAGACAAAGAACUAAAUGAAGAAUUGGAGGCAAUGCUAGCCCGUACGCCUCCUCAUAUUCAGAGGCAUCUUCAGCACCGUAUUCAUGAUGGAAUUCUUCAGCGUAUGAAAGAAGAAACAACAAGGAAGUGUUGGGAAUUUGUAAAAAAAUAUGAAACCUGCGUAAAUACAGUUAAACCGUACAAUCUGAAGGAAUGCGUUCCUCAUCGAGAUGCUCUAAAUGAUUGUGCCCAUGAAGUUAACCGUGAGGAAAAUUAUCAAAAGUAUCGUUUACUCUAUCUUCGCGGUGAACUUUUGAAAUUGCACGAACAGCGUCUUGGACAAAAAAUGGAGACCUUGAAGGCUCGUGUACCUGAUUCUAUUAGAGUCUGGAAGUCUGAUUAUGCACCAAAGUACGCAGAUAUGAUGUCAGACCUUGGAGCAAAGCCUCCCACAGAGGAUGUUAGUGAGACCAAUAAUAAAUGA